CGGUGGCCGGCCAGGCGCGGCUGGCAGCCCCUGAGAAGAUGAAGACCAGCAUCAAGCUGGUGGACGAGCAGAUGAACUGGUGCGACAGCGCCAUCGAGUUCCUGCUGGACCAGACCGACGUGCUGGUGGUGGGGGUGCUGGGGCUGCAGGGCACCGGGAAAUCCACGCUCAUGUCCCUGCUGGCGGCCAACCAGCCCGAGGAGGACCCGCGGGCCUUCGUCUUCCGCCCGCAGAGCCCCGAGCUGAAGGAACGCGGCGGCAGCCAGACCUGCGGCAUCGACUUCUUCAUCACCCAGGAGCGCGUCGUCUUCCUCGACACCCAGCCCAUCCUCAGCCCGUCCAUCCUCGACCACCUCAUCAACAACGACCGCAAGCUGCCCCCCGAGUACAGCCUGCCCCACACGUACGUGGAGAUGCAGUCGUUACAGAUCGCCGCGUUCCUCUUCACCGUCUGCCACGUGGUGCUGCUGGUGCAGGACUGGUUCACCGACCUCGGCCUCUACCGGUUCUUGCAGACGGCCGAGAUGGUGAAACCUUCCACGCCAUCCCCCAACCACGAGCCCAGCGGUGCCGCCGGCCCCGAGGAGCCCUCGGAGUAUUACCCGCACCUGGUUUUCGUGCAGAACCGUGCUCGCCCCGAAGCCUUCUGCCCCCGGCGCCUGCGGCAGAUGCACGGAGUCCUGGACCGGCUGAUGGCACAUUCCCACCUCAAGUACAAGGGGGCACUCUCCAUGCUGGAUUGUGGGCUGUUCCCGGGGCUCCCCGAGGGCUUCCUCCCGGCCGAGGUGAAUCUCUUCCUGCUGCCCCCCAUGGAAGCUGAGGCUGAGGAUGCUCCUCCUCGGACCGCUCCCGGGGGGGGCCCCCUCUUUCCACUGCUACCCCCGUACCGUGGCCACGGCACAUUUGGGACCCUCCUGGCUCGGCUGCGGGGCCGGGUGCUGGCAGCUGCGCGGGCUCAGCUCUCCCACACCCUCCUGACUGAGCGUAACUG